AAGGGGACAAGAGCUGUCUUUGAGUCCUGGCGGAAAACAGGAUGUUGGAAGGGGGCGUUUCACCCGUCGGAGGCGAGCUGUGCAGCGGCCGUUUCUCCGUCCUUUUCUCCGCCCUCCACCUUCUGCUUUUCCCGCAGCUCGGUGGCAUCCCUCCCCCUUUCUUCAGUGACUCUUGGCCUGGCUGAUUGGACGGAGGCAGUUCGGGGGGCAGGAGGAGGGCAAGGUGGGAAGGGAGGACGGAAAAAUCACAUUCCUGCCGCCGCCGCCGCCGCCGCCGGCGGGACUCCAGGCAGAAGGGGAAGUCAGCGGCCCACGCGCGCUCCCGAGCAAAGUUGCAUCCGCUGGCAGGCGCGCAGCUCCCGGAAAAGUCGACUUUGCACGCUUGCAUCGAUUCCGCUUUACUGGGGGAACUGCAGGCAGCGGCCAGUGGAGGACAGGGCCAUGGGGCCCUCGGAAGAGGAGAUCCGGAGGCGCCUGGAGCGCGUCGGCCAGGCUCACCUGCUGCGCUUUUGGGCCGAGCUGGAACCGGCCCAGCGGAACUCUCUCUGGGAAACGCUGGUGCAGCUGGACGCCGACGAGCUGGACAAGCACUGCAAGCGGGCGGCGGAGGCCUGCGCUCGGGAGCAAGGAGGGCGGGGCCAAGUCAGGCUGAACGGCGAUCUGGAGCCCAUCCCGGCCGAGUUCUUGGGCAGCGUCUGCAGGAGCGACCGGGCGACGCUGGAGAGGUGGGAGGAAGAAGGGCUCCGUCAGAUCUCUCAGGACAAGGUGGCAGUGCUCCUUCUGGCUGGGGGACAAGGAACGCGCCUGGGGGUGUCCUAUCCCAAGGGCAUGUAUGAUGUGGGGCUGCCCAGCCACAAGACCCUUUAUCAGAUCCAGGCAGAGAGGAUUCGCAGAGUUGAGCAGCUGGCUGGCAAGCGUUUUGGCACACAGUGCAUCAUCCCAUGGUAUAUUAUGACAAGCGAGUUCACCCUGGGGCCAACUGAGAAGUUCUUCCGGGAGCACAACUAUUUUAACCUGAAGAAGUCAAACGUCAUCAUGUUUGAGCAGAGGAUGCUUCCUGCUGUCACGUUUGAUGGGAAGGCAAUCCUGGAAGAGAAGGGCAAGGUUGCCAUGGCUCCAGAUGGCAAUGGUGGUUUGUACCGUGCUCUGGUGGACAACAAGAUCCUGGAAGACCUGGAUCAGCGUGGCAUUCAGUACAUCCAUGUAUAUUGUGUGGACAACAUCCUUGUCAAAAUGGCAGAUCCGGUCUUCAUUGGCUUCUGUGUCUCUAAAGGGGCCGAUUGCGGUGCUAAGGUAGUGGAGAAAGCCUACCCCACGGAGCCUGUUGGGGUGGUGUGUCGUGUGGAUGGAGUGUGUCAGGUGGUGGAAUACAGCGAGAUCACCUUGGAAAGUGCCCAGAUGCGGAACCCCGAUGGUCACUUGACGUUCAGCGCCGGUAAUAUCUGCAAUCACUUCUUCACCCUUGGCUUCCUUCGGGAGAUAGCAGAGAAAUUCGAACCCCAGCUGAAGCACCACGUGGCGAUCAAGAAGGUGCCAUUUGUUGACGAGGAGGGCAAUCUGGUAAAGCCUCUAAAACCCAACGGGAUAAAGCUGGAGAAGUUUGUGUUUGAUGUGUUCCAGUUUUCUAAGAAUUUUGUGGCCUUUGAAGUCCCAAGAGAAGACGAAUUCUCCCCACUGAAAAAUGCAGACACUGCCGACAAAGAUACGCCCACCACGGCACGGCAGGCACUCCUGUCCCAACACUACCGCUGGGCUGUGAAGGCUGGAGCAACAUUUGUUGAUGCCAAUGGCCAAAGAAUACCUGAGAAACACAGUUUAUCAGGAGAUGAAGAGUCACCAGUUGUAUGUGAGAUUUCGCCUCUAGUCUCUUACUUUGGGGAGGGUCUAGAGACAUACCUGAAAGCAAAAAAUCUUCAGUCACCUUUUCUUCUGGAUGAAGAAGCCGUGAAAUUCAUGGCACAGCAUGAAUGA